AUGUCUGUUCUUCUCAAAGCCCUUUUGGUGUCUGCCAUCACCGGUGCCAUUGCAGCCCCUGCAAGAUUAGAGGCUCGUCAAGAGUCUUCUUCGAACGAGACCUCUUCUUCCACUAUCGAGGCGUGGGAUGCUGGUUCCGUCUCCCAAUUCCCCAUCCACGAGAGCUGCAAUGCCACGCAAGCCCACCAGAUCGCCGUAGGAUUGAACGAGACCAUCCAAUUGGCUGAACAUGCCAAAGAACAUGUCUUGCGGUACAAAAACAGCUCCGAGAUAUACCGCCGCUAUUUUGGAGACCGACCCCCAUAUGAGGUGAUCGGUGCAUACGACAUCAUCGUCAGUGGCGAUAAAGGUGGCGUCCUUUUCAGAUGUGACAAUCCUGACGGCAACUGUAACCUGCCGAACUGGGGUGGCCACUGGCGCGGUUCAAACGCGACGGACGAGACCGUCAUCUGUGACCUGAGUUAUUCAACCCGUCGGUCUUUGAGCCAGAUGUGCGCAUUGGGAUAUAAUGUCGCCGAGUCUCCCACCAACACUUUCUGGGCCGGCGACUUGUUACACCGACUUUAUCACAUGCCCGCCAUUGGCUGGGAAUACAUCGAGCAUUUCGCUGAUGAUUAUGAGGAAGUCGUGGAGCUUGCGCUGUCGGAAAACACUACCUCAACUCAUGACAGUGAUACUCUGCAGUAUUUUGCACUCGAAGCUUGGGCAUAUGACAUUGCCGUUCCAGGAGUUGGCUGUAGUGAGGAAUCUCAUUCUGAUGCGGCUACAAGCUCCAGCAGCGCACCUGCAUUGCCGGCAAUAACAACAAGCGCCUCAGCCACGCAGACUCAAGCUCCAUCCUCGACUCUGUCGAUCCCUCCUGUGAGUAUGGAAUGGUGA